AUUCAGUUAAUUUCAAUAAUUCGAAUCAAUAUCAAUCUCAAAGAAUUGAUUUGGUAAUAUAAAAAAAGUACAAAAUUCAUCGGGUCUAGCCCUAGCAAUUAUCUAAAGAAGGCAUCGCGGUAUCAGCAGUUCAGUACAAUGCUCGAACCCAGUGCCCAAGCCACAAAUCGCUCACACAACACUUUUGGACGUCUUGGCAGUCGUACAACAGUGGCAGCAAUUUCUUCCUUUGCUCUUCACGACGCAGUGCACAUGUACAUAUUCACGAUAGUUGUUAAUUAUAUGAUACUAUAAUUUAACUACUUCUAAUGAAUAAACCCAACCCAUAAUCCUCUAAAUCUCUACACCCGAAAAAUCAGUGUAAUAACAAAUAAAAAUCGACAAUUCUGAUUUGAUGAAAUACAACCGAAUACGAUAUGCUUCAGAAAGGUGUCACAUAUAUGUAAAUACAAAAAAAAAAAAAAACAAAUUGAAUUUGCUGGUAUACCUACCUUUAAUUUGGCUAUCCCUGCUGCCAUAGCACAAGAUAUGAGAAGAACGACUACCAGAACGAUGACAAAGGCAAGCUCAUGAACCAAACUUGAACUCAUUUUGUGCAAUCUAUAAUUAUUAAACAUCUUGAAGAAGGAUCGAAGCUCCCUCAUCAUUAUAUAUAAAUCUUAUUGCUCCGCCGGCUUAUUAUAUUCCUGACUUCGUUUUCUACUCUUGAUUCGUACAACGGCCGGCCGGCCGGCCGGUAAGACAAACUCUAGUUGUCAGUUCAUUGCAUUAUCUGUUACACAAACUCUAGUUGCCUUGGACGUACGCAUAUAUUAUGAGCUUAAUGAUCCAAAUCCCAAAGGCAAAUACAGAUCGAAUAUGGUAAUUAACGUAACGCGUAUCAUAGAGAGCUCCAAAACUGAACCCCAAAAUCGAACCUCUUCGUUCCAUUCCAGGUUGGUUAACAAUAAUGCAAUGUACUGCCGAAAGGUCAGCUUGUCUGCAAUUACUAUGAUUGGAAAGAUCAAAGUGGGCUUGUUGGGGAAUAAGUAUGGGCCAAGGAGCAACCCAAUGGGGAGUGCCCAAGGAAGAUUGCUGGAAAUUCACGGGCGUGGGCCGUCCAGGGCCCAGCCGGAGAAAUCCAAAGAAGCCCAUGGGGGGCAAGAGCCUUGGGCCGGAAGGCGCGCGUGGUGAAGGGCUCAAAUGGCCAAGGUGGCGCGUGAGAUAGGUGGGACCAGACACCUGGCAAGAGGCGCAAUAGGACAAAAGACACCCAACGGUCGGAAGUGUACGAAAAGCUGGCCACAUGAUGUCAUGCACCUCAAACUUCUGACGAAAGUGUCAGGUGGUCGAGGCGCAUGCGCAAGGAUUGUAAGGCGCAUUUAUGGCGGACCUGACACGAGGCUAGAGCGACGGAUUCCGGUCGAUGUCGCCUCGGGUAUAAAUAGUGAAGUAGGUAAACCUCAUUUACUCAGUUUUUGCUUCUCUUACUAGAACUGUUCUUCACUUCUCUCUCUAGAGUUAGAAUUCUCACUUGGGCGUCGGAGUGCUAACGGAUCUAUAUGGUCCGCUAGGCGGUUGUGUGUGCAGACGAAAGCGCGCGUGAGGGAAGUGCAGUAGGAAGCGAGGCGCGUGACAUGAAGAGAGGCGCGUGAUGUGAAGAGGAGGGUUGUGGGGCAUAAACAGUACCCAUGCAAACGUCUUUCUGAGAUCAGCAUUCUGUUUUUUAACGAUUGUUAGCUAGUUGAUCACUUGGGCUCGAGAAUAAGAGUGGAGGCCCAGUGAUGCUUUGGGUAGCUUGGUGGACGUUGGAACAGAUUUUAGUAGUGGGGGCUGGGAUUUGGGGAUUUGGUCAGAGAGCCCACAGUGCAAUAUUUUGGUGAAAUCGGGCUUAGUUUGAGAUUGUCAUUCGAGUCGAGCUCGCACGGAUUUAUUUAUUUUUGGUGGACUAGUUUGGCUCGGGGCGUGAUGGUUGGUUUUCUCAUAGUUGGCGUUAAAGCUGGCCGUCUCGGCUUGAUGGUUGUACAACUAAAGGGUGGUCUUGUCUUACAUUCAACGUCGGGAUUGAUAAUAGAUGGACGUUAAUCUUUAAAUACAGACUGAAGGUUGGGUUGAACAUAUUAACACGAUAUUGUACACUUUUGUAUUAGUUUCGCACGAAUUCAUCUUUAAUGAUGAUAGAUUUCGAUAAAAUAACGUACAAAAAGUUACAAACAAGCACAACCGUCACAAAGAGGAAAACAUAUACGUGGCUUAGGCAUCACAUGCUAAUUAUUGUUUUACUUGCUUCUGGGCUUAAUCUUGGUAACAAAAAUUCACAUGUUAUAUCAUCACUUAAAUGUUGUUCAUGGUCAUCUGCUAAUUAAGGGAAAAAGGAAAAGAUGAGAAUGAAGAGAAAGGUAGGCAAUCCGUUGCCCAAGCCAAAGGUUUUCUUUCUUGUGAUUUCCAAAAGUUAGGUUGUUGGGUACGUCCCAUUUAACACUUCCUUCACAAGUAUAUGCCUUCUUCAAAAACUUUUUUAAGUGCAGGUUAUCCACAACUUCUAAUUCACUUUUUCUUUAGUAGAAAUGCAUGACGUCGAAGAACAUACUAAUUCGUAUUUAUAAUUGAACGGAGUUUAAGAAUAUAAAAGGUAUAAUAAUUU